AUGCAGACACGGGGAGAAUGUAAGAUGGCAAAUGAUUUGUUGAACACUCCAAAUAAGUUGGCAUUUAAAGCAUGGGUAGAAGAAACUGGCAUCAGUCUGGUCCAGAUCAAUGGCCAAAGGAAGUUUGGGGGACCUCCUCCAGGUUGGACUGACCCUCCACCUCUAACUGGGUGUGAAGUCUUCAUUGGCAAACUACCCCAGGACCUCUAUGAAGAUAAGCUAAUCCCGUUGUUUCAGAUGGCCGGGAAACUUUAUGAGUUUCGUCUCAUGAUGACUUUCAGCGGCGAAAACCGGGGAUUUGCAUAUGCCAAGUAUGCUAAUCGCUGGUAUGCCCAGUGUGCCAUUGCCAUGUUCAAUGGUUACCAAAUACGUGACGGGCUCCCCUUGGUGGUCUGCAGAAGCACUGAGAAAAAUGAGCUGUGUGUCAGAGGCAUUCCCUGGGGGAAACAGAGACUGGAGGUCCUGGAAGUGCUGAAGGAGCUGACUGAGGGAGUGACUGACCUGUCGCUUCAUCUCAACAAAGAGCGGAGGAAAAAGAUGGCACUGUUUGCGGUUGUGACGUAUGAGAACCAUCGAGCAGCAGCGAUGGCAAAGAAGAUGCUCGUAGAAGGUUGUAUUGAGCUCUGGGGCCGACCCAUUGAGGUUGACUGGGUGAAAGUGGAUGGGAGACAGAAGAGUCACAACAGCCUCCUUUCUCAAACCCAGCUGGGUUUGCCGGUAGCUCCAUGGUUGAUGUUGCCCCCUGGGCUCUCCCUACCAUCACCGAAGGGUCUUGCCAAACGCUUCAUGCCCGAGUUAAACAUCUCUUCCAAUUGUGGCCAAAGCACUACAUCUGCCGGAUCGAUGGGCCUGAUGACUCAAUGCCUUCACUCAGAGGGCCCAGGUCUGUUGAACACCCGAUGUGAUGUUGUUCAAAUUCUGAAUGCCUAUUGUGCGUAUAAGGAGCUAGGGACUCCAGUGUAUAAUGUCCAAUCUCUGAGGACUGACCAGCAACGCUUUCUGUUUAAAGUGUUCUUGCCAGGACUUGCUGCCUCUUUCAGUGGGACAGUGACCCUGGCUCCUGAUGAGCUGGCUUUGGGGAAGAACAAAGCUAAGCAAGAAGCUGCCCACCAAAUCUUGAUGUAUUUGGGUCAUUCCUUGGGUUUUGAUGGCUUUAAUCCUCCUAAUACUUUGACUCUGAAGAACCCAUUUUGA